GUUACAACAAUCCUUUCACACGUCGUCUGAAAUGCACUGAUAUCGGAUCAGCGUUGGAAAUUACAGAAAACCAGUUAUAUAAUGCCCAAGAUCCAAGGAUAUUGUUGUUGAUUCAUAUCCAGCAUCUCACAUGUGAUCAUUUUCUACUUGGCAAUUGUAAAGACAAGUCGCGUGUGCUUAUUUCGGACCUUUCUAAAAUAGUGUGAAGUGAAACAGUAUCAGCAUGAGGUUCGUCCUGUCUCUCUUACUACUCGCUCUCUUAUACAAGGCACACGCCGACGAGCUGUCAGACUGCAAGUGCUGGGAGGGCUACAAGGCCACAAAGACAAACGAAGGCGUUCGCUGUCAGGGCAUCCUCCUCUUACACGCCAUGGACUGCAACGUCCCCGAAAGGCCCAAGUGUGUCUGCACGGGCAACGUUACCGGGAUCUUGACGGACUCCUCGGGAACCUGGUGCUCGGAAUACGCCAACGGUAAAGAGCAGAGAAAGUGGGAAUGCGAAAAUAAGGCAGAGUGGGACAAGUUCUAUCAGUCGUAUCCCAAGGAAAAGCCAGAGUAGGAUGCAAGGGAACGUAAAUGCGAAAGAAAGUGUCUAAUGCUUGUCGAGAUAAAUUUUUAUAAACGAACUUUUUUAUUUUUUGUUAAACUUUAUUUUAUGUAGAUACUAGCUUUACAAUCAGGCUGUAUAUAUUACAACUUAAGGGACUUUAUAUUGAGAUAAUUCUUCGACUAGUAUCUAAAAAAUUUUGUGUUCUAAAAUAUACCAAAAACUGCAACUGUGAGUAGUAUAAAGAAGAAAUUAGGGUUGAAAUAAAUAAAUUUCUAAUAUAGUUAAUAGAAAAUGUACUGUUAAGUCCAGUAUAAUUUGUUGUGAUUAUGAUUCUAUGUAAUUAAAAAUAAAAAAUACUUGAAUAAAAUCAUUCUGACUUGGCAUAAU